GGCUGGUCGUGGGGGCGGCCGUCGGGCUGGUCGUGGGAGCCGAGGUCGGCGCGCCCGUGGGGGCGGCCGUCGGGCUGGUCGUGGGAGCCGAGGUCGGCGCGCCCGUGGGGGCGGCCGUCGGGCUGGUCGUGGGAGCCGAGGUUCCCGCCGCGGUGGGCGCGCCCGUGGGGGCGGCCGUCGGGCUGGUCGUGGGAGCCGAGGUCGGCGCGCCCGUGGGGGCGGCCGUCGGGCUGGUCGUGG